UUAACACAUGUCCACCAACCUGUUUAUAUUUGUGAAGACUGAAGAAAUCUUAUUACAAUUAACACAACGGAGUUGCUAGCAUUCUGAUCAUUGGAUAAUAUAAAGAAAUUUGAUCUGUACUAAUGCAACAGAAAAAUAAUCGUAAAGAAAUCAAUCGGUUCAUACAAUCUCGAGAUAUUGGAUACUGGAUUUUGGCACGCGAGUGAAUCGAUUUCCCAAGGUUACUUAAGCGUGUCUCACUAUGCUUAGUUUCGAGGAUGUGCGCGUGUUUACAGCAACUCAGUCUCUAGGAUCCAAACGACUAACCUUCGGUCCACACCACCUCACAUUUCAGUUGCUUGAUUCCGACGUUAUGAUUAUGUACAGAGCAAUUGACGGGUUUCGCUUGUGCGAAUCACCUACUGAACGUCGAUUCACACCAUCCGUACUAACUGGAUAUACGAUUGUUUUAUAUACAAAAGAUUUUCAUAUUUAUGAAUUAACUGUUAACAGUCUUUCUGUUGCUCGUUCUCUUGAACAGUCAUUAGAGGGAGUAUCCUCAAUUGAUGACGUAACAUUGCUUUACCCAUUCUCUUAUAAAUCCAACCAAUUAUCACUUUUACCCGCAAUAAAAACCACUGAUUGGCCUAAUAAUAUCAACGAGAUCUUGUCUGGUGGGAGUUGGCGUAGAAGCCAAUUAAAUGAAAAUUAUUUAUUGUGCAAUUCUUAUCCGAAAACAUUUGUUGUACCUGUUAAAUGUGAUGAUCAAAUGAUUAAAGAAAGUAGCCGAUUUCGUCAUGGUGGUCGUUUUCCUCUACUGGUAUACUAUCAUAAGCCAAGACAAACUACUUUAUUAAUAACUGCUGAACCAUUAAUUAAUCAAUCCACAAUUACCAACAAUCAAAAUACUUCAAAUUUAUUAUCAUCGUCUAAUUCUAGUUUAACUUCAUCAACAAAAUCGAAUAAUCUAAUGAUUAAUUCAUCUUCAAAAAAUUCCAUAUCACCAUUUAGUUCAACAUUCAAUACUGGUCGAUGUCGUUCAGAUGAACAAUUACUUACUUGUAUAUUACCAGAUAAAUGUAGAGGUGUUAUAUUGGAUUUAAGAACACAGAAUGAAACAAAAAAACCUCAAGCAACAAGUGGUCUUGUUGAAUUUGAACAAUAUUAUCCACAAUGGAGACGAGUUUGUAGACCGUUAGAAUCUACGGGUAACUUGAUUGUCACUUUCAGGAAAUUCAUUUAUGCUUGUACAUCAUAUGGUCGUGUAACUCGAUCUUCAAGCAACACAACAUUUGGUGCACUUCAAUCCGGAAUUAGUGAUUCUAUUGGAAUGUUGUCCAGUGCCGCAUUGAAUCCAAUAGGAAGUUUUGGAUCACGUAACUCCACGGCUGCAUCGAUCCCAUGUGACAAUUCAGUCAAUUCAUUUAAUGAUAUCACUGUUCGUGAACAAAUAAAUACAUCGAGUAAAAAUGAAUUGAUCUCGAAUUUCGCUCAACUAGAUAUUCAGUCUACUAAUUCAACUACUGAAUCUGAUUUAAGUAGUAAUAAUAAUAUAAAGAAAUCAAAAAAACUUUCAGCUUGGUUAUCAUUAGUUCGUGAAGCGUUAGCAGCUGCUGUUGCUGGAGCAACAGCUUUGGACGCUUUGGAUGCAUUCGCUCAACAACAGCUUCAACAAGAACAAUGUUUGUUAGCUGAAAAACAGAGAAGAGCAUCAAAGGAGCAAACUUUCGAAGAGGCGAAAUUACGUGGAUCAUGUGUAUUAGUGCAAAGUCGAAAAGGAACUGAUCGAGCUAUUCUCGUGGCUAGUUUGAUUCAAAUCAUAUUAAAUCCUGAGUCUAGAACUAUACAGGGAUUUCAAGAACUUAUCGACCAUACAUGGUUAAACGCCGGACAUCCAUUUGCAGAUCGUUGUCAAAAUUCCGCUUUCUCACUUAAACCACCAAAAGAUGAGAGUCCAGUGUUCAUUCUAUUUUUGGAUUGUGUUUGGCAAUUACUUCGUCAAUAUCCGAAUUCAUUUGAAUUCACUGAUGAACUGCUUUGUAUUAUUGCAAAACAUGCUUAUUUCUCUGAAUAUGGUACAUUUUUGGGCAAUUCUUCACAAGAAAGAGAACAAUUGGAUAUUUCAUCUAGAACAUUUUCUUUAUGGUCAUACAUCAAUCAACCAUUUGUGACUAGUCGUUUACAGAAUCCAUUUUAUUCUGGUCAAAAAAAUGAUGAUAAUUCUCAAUCAACAACCAUAAUUGAUGGGAAUUAUGCAUGUUGGCCUUGUUUAUCUGCACAAGCAUUAGAUAUCUGGGAAGAACUAUAUCAGCAUCAAUUAGUUGGUAUUAAUCCUAGUCUAUGGAAUUUGCCUCGGGUUAUGGCACGUGUAAUUAAGGACAAAUUUGAAGCGGAACGGAAUAGAACUAUUCAAUUACGCAAGUAAUUUAUUUGGUUAUCUACUGUUGUGAGAACUAAUAAAUAGUUUGAUCUUAUCAUUCUAAACUUGAAUACUGAACGUCAAACAGGUUCGAAUGUUAUAGGGUAGUAUCAGUUCCUUCAUGAUUGUAGAUGUAUUUAUAUCCAGAGCUUAACACUAACUAUCUCGAACACAUAUAUAUUCUGGAACACUACUGAUCUAGUCAGAGCUUUAUGGCAAACUAUCACUGGAACUUAUAACUUCAAGUAGUGUUCGUCAGAUCUGUUAGCUUUCCAUAUUUUUAUCUAACUUUGAUCAUAGACAUUGUUUUAGAGAUAAAAUGUCGAAGUGGAUGCAUUAGCUCCUUGUUUUCCCUUAGAUCUUAAUUUUCUAAGUCACCUUAUAAAUUCUUCUUCAUCACGCCCAUCCAUAUUUUCUCCUCAAGUUGUAUCUUCAAUGCCUAGUCUUUUCUAUUAUCACUAAUACUGUUACCACAUCUGUUGCCCUUGAAUUUACCCUGACAAUUUCAUUUCAUCGUGCUAAUGAAGGUGGUAACAUUAAAGGAUGUAUGUGUGUCCCACGUUCUUUGUUUUGUACGAUUGAAUAACUGAACUACGCCUGGAGCUUUUCUCAGGUUAUUGUUGGUCCUUAGCCCCAAGUGAAAGAGGGUGGGUUAGGUAUUAGGUUAGCAACGUCAUCUUAUAAAAGAGAACUUCAUUGAAAAGUGUCAACCAGGAAAAAUCAUUUAAAGCUUUUGACUCUAUCCCUAAGAGUUAAAGGAUCUUCAUUUAGAAAGGUUAUGACAAUUCCUGGUGAAAGUCGAGAUUCUUCGGGAUUUAUGGUGUUGAUGCACUUUCUGACAACCAGAGGAAUAAUAUGGAAUGUCCGGACAAUGUAGAAGGUUAGCAGCACUAUUCGUGGUUUUGUCAAAUUACAUCGUGUUGUACACUUUGUAAUCAAUGAUUUUCGCUACAUUUUCAUUAAAAUUGUCGAUCGUAAAAGUCUUUUUAUUUCAACAACACAAAACUAUCCCUUUUUAGGACAUAAGCAUAUGACCAUCAAUCCUAGUACCUUUGUACUUGGCAUUGUAUGACUGAACUGGCUCAUAUUACCUUUACCCUUACGAAAAAUGUUAUUCCUAUGACAGGUAUAUAUAUAAGUAUGCGUUUGUAGAGAUUGUCUAUUUUUAUUGAGAUCGUAAAUUGAUCCGAAUUAGACAACCAUAGAAAACAUGGAAGCACCAAACGGCCGUUUCCUCUUAUUAUGUGACUUUUCAUCAGUGAUCAUCUGCGGCACCACGAUCGAAAGUCGAACCCAGACCUUCAAUCUCUCAUACAAACUCUUAACCACUAGACCACUGGUUAGGGAUCCAGUAUUGUGGAAGUCUGACUUUAAUCGAUUCACCAUUUUGUGCAAUUCUCUUUCAUUGUCUUAGAUGGGUACUUUUCUCACAAGUUAGACUUGUGCAACAUUGGAUGCCAGCUCAGCGGUCUAGAUGUUAUGCGUUGUUUGUAAUAUUUUACGUACUGCGUGUACAGUGUAAACCAGCUGUUUAUAGUUUGAUGUGUUUUUACAUUCAUUUGUGUUUCUGAAUUGUAGUUUUGCGUGAUUAAUAAUAUUUGAGGCGUCAAAUACGAUAAAUUGAUCUAAACCUUGUACUUAUCGACGCUCGUAAGCAAAGUGUAUAUUUACAAACUGUGAGAGGUUGGCACAACAUGAGAGUCAGUAAAUUCCCUCACGAUCACCAAUAAAAUUUGCUUAUAAGUUUCAGGGCUUUCUAGAGACUACCCCUAAUCAUACAAAUCAAAACAUUGAGCUCAAGAGUUAACACGAUGAAUAAAUGAAACACAAAUUGCUCUUUAACUGAUCUAACACUUCUACCUGAAUUUUGUGCUGAUAUGAUGUCGUUCAGAAGAACGAUGAAAGCUCCACGAUCAAACCAUCUAGCUCAGAGAACAAAACUCUAUCUAACACUUUUCUCCUAACGAUCGUUGAUCCUUAAGCGUGACUAUUGAAAAUGAAUAGUAAGUAUCUAAAUUUUGUUUGAUGUUUUCUCAUAAAUCAGCCAUUUAAAAUGCUAUAUUCACGAAUUCAGAAAAUAAGUUUUCGACUACUCCAGGUAGGCUUCUUGAUUAACAAUCCCCUUCUCAAUACAUACAUAUAUCGUAUUACUUCAAAUAAAUACUUUCUUCAUAGUGUAAUUCACGAGUCGAUCUUAACUAGACAAUCAUCGUAAGUUCUGGAAGCCUCGAACUGUUGUUUCGUCCUAAUAUGAAAAUCCUCAUCAGUGCACAUCUAUGAUCCCACAUGUGGGACUCAGACCCACGACCUUUGGUCACGUACGCACUAUCGAUUAGUUCUAUACUAGAACGAAACACAUAUCCAAUACUUCCAGGUUUUCAGUAGUUGUCUACUUUAGAUCGACUUACGAAAUCAACUAUGAAAAUCCUACCAUCUCCUCCACAAAUCUCCUUAUACUAUAAAUAUUUUUUCUCGUUUUAUUUUUGCAUAAUAUAGAACACUUGAUCAGCUUAUGAAUGAAGCUAUCAAUGCAGGUAUUCUUCAUGUAAAUCAAUAAACUUAUUUUUUUUUGAUAACUUAUUCAACUUCAUACUUAAUUUGUUUACCAUGUAAUAUAAUGUAUUAAUAUUUUCUAUACUAUUUAUUUAUAAAUAAGUAGUAUGAAUAUAUUGUAAAUGACUAUUGAAUAAUCUCUUCAUCAUUUAUUUUGUUUUAAAUCACUACAUUAAUCUUUCAAACAAUAAACUAAUGAACAAAUGAGUUGCUAUGGUGUUCAUUUAAUAUAAUGACCGUGAUAUUG